AUGGCAGAGUGCUUGAGUGCGCAAGCAAUCCAGUUGCCUCGUGCAUCUUCUCUUGAAGCGCGACCGAGCUCGACGACGGACGAGUCGAUCCAGACGAAGGACAACGGCAACGAAUCCUCCGACGAGCUGAGUCUCGAGGAGAAAAUGGUCAUGCUCCAGGACCAGGGAGCCUCCGGUAAGGACAGUGCCACCCUGUUGCGCGAUAUCCUGCAGAAGGAGAAACAACAACACCACAACAACAACAACAGCCACAGCAACAACAACAACGCUGGCGAACAGACCGAAGACAGCGGCACCGACGACAAGGCGCCGUCCCCCAUGCAGAGCCCGAUGUCGAGUCAGAGCGAGGAGAUCGAAGACUGGAAACUCGAGGACGUGGCGCCGAGCAAGAAAGACGAAGACCUCGCCAACCUGAAAUCCUCGGGACCGCUGAGUCCCGGUCUCAGCCAACCGGCGGUGAACGGUUGCAAGAAACGAAAACUCUAUCAGCCGUCCAGACAGACAGUGGAAAACGGCGACUCGCUGGUUAUCAACGACGAUGAAGACGAGCUGGACGUCGAAGUGCCCGUGAAGCGAUCCGAGGAUCGAGAGGCCCUCCGGGCGCGAAUCCGCGAACACUACGACAGACUGACCGAGAGGGGACGGCUCGGAGACAUGAAACCGGUGAUAGCCGGCGGCGAGCAUUCCGACGGUUUCCACAGUCACGCCGAUCUGGAACGGCUAGUUACGAUGCUUAAGAGCGAGAUUACGCACACCUUGACACAGGUCAUCGAUAACAUUGUGUCUCGGUUCGUACCGCGUUUCCAAGCAGAUCAUCUCAGCAGCAGCCAUCAUCAUAAUCAUCAUAGCGGUGUCGUCGGCGACGCAAGAGCCCAUCUCGCUAGUACUGGUAGUCAUCAUCAGAUCGGAUCCCAAGCUCUCCGAAGUGAACGAGGCGCAUCUCCUCCGCUUGCUCCCGCAGUUCCUUUGCGACCUUCCCACCCUCCGUCCUUCGACCUCGCACGACACGAAUCGUUGAUGGCAUUCGGGGGACCUUUGGCCAACCACCAAAGAGAACUCUUCGCCCAAAUGCUCGACCGUAAAGCGAAAAGCAAGGUGAUCGACAGAGGCGGUAGGACUCCUCGCAAUGAACUGCAGAACAUUUCCGCUUCGUCGAAACCCAUGUUCGCCGGCGAACGCAUGAAAACCUCAACUCCGAACGCAUCUCCAGCUUUGCCGCUCAAACGCAGCGAGUCCCCGACUGCAGGCUACGGCGGAGGGGACUCGUCUCCCCCGCCGCCCUCAACGGUGGUGCCCGGUCCCGAGCAGACCGAGGCCAUGUCCCUCGUCGUCACUCCCGGAAAGAAGAAGAGGCACAAGGUCACGGACACCAGGCUCGCGCCCCGCCGCUCCGAUUCACCCAAGUUCGGCGAGUCGCCCUCAAGCGGUACCGCUUUGGUACCGUCGUAUCCACCUCCGCUAAUUCCGGUGUCUCUGCCGACCAGCGUCGCGAUCCCGAACCCGUCGCUCCACCACGACCUGUUCCACCUCCCUCAUUUCGAUCAUCAGCAGAGGCUGUCGGCCCCGUUCCAAUCGGGCCAACAACAGGCAUCGUCACAGCAGCAACAGGCUGCCCACCAGCAGCAGCAGCAGCAGCAGCGAUCAUCGGAAUCCCCCGUAUCUGAUCCAAGCAGCAAUCGGGCAUCGACGACCCCCGCCGCUGCUCCCCCCUCUUCAAACCUAUCGGCGGAUACUUUCGGGAUCUACCUGCAGCGAGCUGGUCUGAACAAAUCGCUUCAGGACAACACGAUCUCAGAGCGCGAAUCUCUUUCGGAGAGUGGAACGGAACCAAACGGAGGCGCACCGAUACCUCUGCCUUACGACAUGAUGAACAUAUUCAAAUAUAUUAACGGAGCCGGCGGCGCGGGAGCGUUGGGGGCCCUCGGCACCAAUAGUCCCUUCUGUCCCCGCACUGGAACGCCUGGAGCGGCCAGUCACGAGGGCAGCGCUACCCCAGCAUCCGAAACCUCUUCGUAUAGCAAGAACGGUAGUCUAGGGGGCACGGGGUACACAUCGACGUUGACGCCAAUGCAUCUUCGGAAGGCGAAGCUUAUGUUCUUCUACGUGAGAUACCCCAGUUCCGCAAUUCUUAAGAUGUACUUCCCCGACAUCAACUUCAACAAGAACAACACUGCCCAGCUAGUCAAGUGGUUCUCCAACUUUAGGGAAUUUUACUACAUUCAAAUGGAGAAGUACGCUCGCCAGGCGAUCAGUGAAGGCAUCCGAAACGCCGAUGAGAUCCGAGUGUCCCAUGACUCGGAGCUACUCAGAGUUCUAAAUCUUCAUUAUAAUCGCAACAACCACAUCGACGUUCCAGAAAAUUUUCGCUUCGUCGUGGAGCAGACCCUCAGGGAAUUUUUCAAAUCAAUUCUCGCUGGAAAGGACCAGGAACAGUCUUGGAAGAAGGCUAUCUACAAGAUCAUCGCCAGGCUGGACGACAAUGUGCCCGAAUACUUCAAGUCUCCGAAUUUUCUCGAGCAACUCGAGUAA